AAACAGAACACACAAACUCUUACAAUGAAACACCAACGCUAUUACUUUUCUUAAUUCUCUCUACCUGCUCCUCACCGACCAUGCCUUCCCGUCCACUCCCUCAAUCUCCGCCUUUCAUCACUCCUUCCUCUGCCCCCCAUCAUCACCACCACUCCAUCGUCUCUCGUCUCCUUCCUCCACUCUGCGCCGCCAUCGCCGGCUUCUCUUUUCUCCUUAUUCUCACCAUCUGCUUCCGCAAUAAACUCACCAAAAAACGCACCGUUCCUUCCGACUCCAAACCUCCCCACCGCUUCUCCUACUCCCUCCUCCGCCGCGCCACCGACUCCUUCUCUCCCUCCAACCGCCUUGGCCAGGGCGGUUUCGGCUCCGUUUUUCAUGGCACCCUCCCGUGCUCCUCCCCCUCCACUCUUCACCAACAUGUCGCCGUUAAAGUCAUGGACUCCGGAUCCUUACAAGGUGAACGAGAGUUUUAUAACGAACUGUUCUUUGCUUCGGCCAUUGAAUCAAACGACCACGUCGUUUCGGUACUCGGGUUUUCAUCGGACCCGAAACGACAUAGAAUGUUAUUGGUUUAUGAACUGAUGAAUAACGGGAAUUUACAAGACGCUUUGUUGCAUAAGAAGUGCCCGGAAUUAAUGGAGUGGAAGAAGCGGUUUUCUGUUGCGGUUGAUAUUGCGAAGGCAAUUGCGUACUUACACAGUUUGAAUCCGCCCGUGAUUCACGGUGACAUAAAGCCGAGUAAUAUAUUAUUGGAUCAGUUUUUUUCUGCGAAGAUUGCGGAUUUUGGACUUGCCAGGUUGAAAUCGGAGAGUGAAAACCAGAAGUUGGAGUUGGAGUGUAACGGUGGGGGCGGUGUAGAGGAUUGUGGAUCGGUUGCAGAGACUGAGAGUGUGAAUACAACAACGACUACAACUGUUUAUGAGGAGUUGAGUAUAGGUUUGGAUCAGUCGCCGGAGAGUUCUCUUAAAUCUACGGCGCCGGUGAUCCAACAAUCGCCAGAGGAUGUGAAAGUGAAGGAUUACGUGAUUGAAUGGAUUGGAACAGAGGUAAAAAAUGAAAGACCGAAGAGUAAUUGGAUUGAAGGAACUUCUUCUUCUCAGAAAAUUGAUAAAAAGAAGAAGAAGCAGAAAAGAUUAGAUUGGUGGGUUUCAUUGGAUGAGGAUAAAGAAGAAAAUGUAAAGAAUUUGAAACGGGAGAAGCGUAGGCCAGCUAGAGAGUGGUGGAAAGAAGAGUAUUGUGAAGAACUAGCGAAGAAGAAGAAGAAGAAGAAGACAAAGAAGAGACCAUUGGGAAUAAAUAGUGAUGAUGAUUGGUGGCCAGCAGAUGAAGAAAUGAAUGUAGAGAGAAAGAAGAAGAGUAGAAGUAGGAAUAGAAGUAAAAGUAGUAAAGGUAGUUUGGAUUGGUGGUUAGAAGGACUUAGUGGUGAUUUCUCAAGAGCAAGUGGAGAGAUUCCUAAGAGUGGUGGAAUAACUAGUACUCCUAGUAUGCGUGGCACUGUUUGUUAUGUUGCCCCUGAAUAUAAUAGUGGUGGAGAUUUAUCUGAGAAAUCUGAUGUUUAUAGUUUUGGAGUCUUACUUUUGGUUUUGAUUGCUGGCCGGCGUCCUCUUCAGGUCACAGGAUCGCCAAUGUCAGAGUUUCAGCGUGCAAAUCUUCUGUCGUGGGCUCGUCAUCUUGCACGAGCAGGGAGAUUGAUUGAAUUGGUUGAUCAGGCUGUUGUAAAGUCUAUGGAUCGAGAACAAGCUUUGCUUUGUAUUACAGUUGCCUUACUUUGUUUGCAGAAGUCACCUGCUCGUCGGCCUUCUAUGGAGGAGGUCGUUGGAAUGCUUACUGGUGUGUCAGAGGCACCCCAAUUACCUGCUGAAUUGUCACCUUCACCGCCCUCACGCUUUCCUUUCAAGUCACGGAAGAAGGGGCCGGUGAGUUUAUAGUGUUUAACUACUGAAUAAUAGCAUUUUGUUUGUAGAUUGCUGUUUGUAGAUCAUUGCCUGAUCAUCUUUGUGGAUGAUUUGUGUAAAAGUUAUGAAAAUAUAGUUUUAUAUUUAAUGGAUUUUAUAUGUAUAUAUCUGUUUACUCCUCUGUUGAUACUGGAAAUGGCCUACCGCCUACAAAUCAAUCCAUCAAUAUUAUCAUUACCUUUGUGCUCA